UGCCCAACGCCACUCCUCCCUGCAUCAUCCCCUUACAAAGCUGCCCCCUCCACCCUUUCUUCCUCUCCAGGCUUCUUUCCAUCCAAAGCUCCCAGAGAGAGAGAGAGAGGAGGAGCGAAGGAAUGGGUAGUCCCACACUGCCAUCAGCCGCUAUCUUCCUACUUCUCUUGCUGCUUCUCUCUCCUUUUACGCUCGCCUCCCCGCCGUCGUCCACCUCCAUUCCCGACGACUCAACCCUGUGCCUCGAGGCGCAGCUGCCCGGACUCACCAACAAUGUGCAGGGCGCAAUACAGGAGUUCGGCAGAGCCCUCUCCCUCGUCUCCACCUUCGUCGGUCUCUUCGGCGACCGGCGCCUCACCAGCGCAAUCCAGGACUGCGUCGACCUCGUCGACUACUCUGUCGACGAGCUCAACCUCGUUCUGACCGAGAGCAACAAGGCCAACGGCUCCUCUACCCCCGUCAACAAGGGACCCCCUUCUGCCCAUAACCUCAAGACGUGGCUGAGCGCCGCCCUGGGCAACCAAGACACCUGCCUCGACGGCUUCGACGGCACCGACGGCUCCGUGAAGCUCCUGCUACAGGGUACCCUCCAGCAGGUCACGGGCCUCGUCGGCAAUAUCCUCGACUCCGUCGCCCAGAUCCCUGGCGUACCUCCCCGCUCCGGCGGCAACAGGCGCCUGCUCGCCUUGGAACAGAGACCAUCCUCUAGGUCCAGGCGAGCUGGCAUCCUGAAGACAGGGCGACCUUCUUUGGAUCCUCACCAACUUCUGGGCCACGAAGUGGUCGAUGGGUUCCCCUCGUGGCUGAGCGCGGCGGAGCGCAGACUGCUUCAGGCGCCGGCACCCGGCGUUGCGGCGAAUGCGGUGGUCGCGAAAGAUGGGAGCGGCAACUUCUUGAGCGUGCAAGAGGCGGUGUUGGCAGCUCCGACCAAGAGCGCCAGCCGCUAUGUGAUCUACGUGAAGCAGGGGACGUACUACGAGAACGUGGAGAUCAAGAAGAAGAAAACGAACCUCAUGCUCGUCGGUGACGGGAUGGGAGUUACCAUAAUCUCUGGCAAUCGCAGCUUCAUCGACGGGUGGACGACCUUCCGUUCCGCCACUUUCGCGGUGGCGGGAGCCGGGUUUAUUGCGCGAGAUAUCACGUUCGAGAACUCGGCAGGGCCGGAGAAGCACCAGGCUGUGGCGGCUCGCGUCGACUCCGACCUCUCCGCCUUCUUCAGAGUAUCCUUCGUGGGCUACCAGGACACUCUCUACGCACACUCGCUUCGCCAGUUCUACCGGGAGUGCCAGGUCUACGGCACCGUGGACUUCAUAUUCGGCAACGGCCAGGUCGUGUUCCAGAACUGCCUGAUCGUGGCGCGGAAGCCGCUGCCGGACCAGAAGAACUCGAUCACGGCGCAGGGCCGCAAGGACCCCAACCAGAACACCGGCUUCUCCCUCCAGUUCUGUAACAUUACGGGGGAUUCCCAGCUGGUGCAGUCGUCCACCUCCACCUACUCCUACCUGGGCCGCCCCUGGAAGCCCUACUCCCGCACCGUCAUCAUGCAGAGCUACAUCUCCGGCAUCGUCCGCCCCGAAGGUUGGCUGGAGUGGAACGGCGACUUGUUCCUCGACACCCUUUACUACGCCGAGUAUCUCAACUAUGGUCCCGGAGCUGCGCUCGGGGGUCGGGUCAAGUGGCCUGGCUACCACAUCAUUUCCAACCCUUCCGAAGCCCUCAACUUCACCGUCGGACAGUUCCUCGACGGCAACAACUGGCUGCCCACCACUGGCAUCAGGUACACGGCCGGUCUGUCCACGUGAUUCCUCUCACCGCUCCCCCAAUCAAAAAAGUGGAGGAAAGAGAAGGAAAAAAAGCAAGAUACAGACGCCCAAUGCGAGCUUAAAAUGUUGCGUCUUGGCCGGACAAUGUAUCGUGAAUGGUUGUGUGGCGGUAAAAGCACUCGAUUUUUACAUGCAGAGCUAGGAAGGUUUAUACAUACGUGGAAAUAAGCUAUAUGAUUUUUUAGUUUUGUUUUUAAUUUGUCAUUUUAUCUUCCUAUUGGUUUUAGAAACCCCAAGGUUUCAUUUCAUGGUUGAAACUUGAAAGGCCCUCGUGCCUUGACAAGUAAUUUACUUCCAUGUCUCUUAUUAAAGUUGUAUACUUUUCCGGACAUCCGUGUCAAUAUGUAACUAAAAUGGGUGUUUUAUGUAAUAAGCGCUGAAAUAAUCUCUUCCAUUUUGCUGUUCA